AUGAGUUCCGACAAUGAUUCUAAUAGUGACUGCGGAACUGCGGAAUACCCUUCAGUCACCCAGGCGUUCCAAUCUUUACGACACUACCAAAAUCAAGACACCGUUAGCAGAAUCAUACCGGCCUCCCGAUUCAGCACACGCACAACCGGUGGUCCAGACUGGUCAAGACGACCCCCGCCGAUACCUACCAGCUACGCUGAUGUCUGCGCUCAAUAUAACCAUACACCGAUGAAGAGACCAAUUACCGAAAUCAUAUUAGAACUCAACGCUCCGGAAUUCCUCAUAGAAAAACUCGCACGCCAAAAUAAUUGGCACUUCACCAUGUCCGGUCGGACAAUGAAAGAUACAUUCAUCGAAAUCACAUCCCUUUGGCUCCGCAAAUUCAUUCGUGAUCGAGUGCAGUUCGACAGCUGCAAUAUUCCCACCGCCCUGUUCCAAAGAGUGUUAGAAUAUUACGAUCCCGACCGACUUUUAUCCUGCCUCAAACACGGACCCUGCACGGAUCUACCCCAAAGCUAUGCCGAAGUACGCGCAUAUUUUCCUUUAACCCACCCUAAACGACCCAUCAUGGAUAUCCUCUUCGAUAAACGAAAAGACCAUCCCGAGUUCGCUCUGACUAGUACGCCAUCCUCACCGCACACAAUCCUCAUCACCCUCAGAUCUCAUGGAGGAUAA